CCCGUGUGUCCCUCAGGUCACGGUCACAGCCACUCUCUGUUUAACGGCAGUGUGAAUCAUGGACACAGUCACGGAGGACACGACCACCAACACAAACACGCAGACUGGCAGAGUCACGGAGGACACGAUGGACACGGACACAGUCACGGAGGACACGAUGGACAUGGACACAGUCAUGGAGGACACGAUGGACAUGGACACAGUCAUGGAGGACACGAUGGACACGGACACAGUCAUGGAGGACACGGGGGACAUGGACACAGCCACGGCGGCCGUGAUGAGUCACACUGUCAGGAUGAGCUGCACACUCCGGGGAAAGGAUCCAGCAAACAGAUCCUGCAGGGCGUCCUGCUGCACAUCAUCGCCGACACUCUGGGCAGCGUGGGCGUGAUCAUCUCCGCUCUGCUGAUGCAGAAAUACGACCUGAUGAUCGCCGACCCCAUCUGCUCCAUGCUGAUUGCCCUCCUCAUCGGAGUCAGCGUGGUGCCGUUACUGAAGGAGUCCAUCGGGAUUCUGAUGCAGAGAACGCCUCCGUCACUGGACCACGCCCUCCCAGAGUGCUACCAGAGAGUGCAGCAGCUGCAGGGCGUCUACAACCUGCAGGAGCCUCAUUUCUGGACUCUGUGUACGGACGUUUACAUCGGAACGCUGAAGCUGCUGGUUGCCCCUGACGCCGACACCCGCUGGAUCCUCAGCCAGACGCACCACAUCUUCACACAGGCUGGAGUUCGACAGCUGUAUGUUCAGAUCGACACGGCCGCCAUGUAGAAGCUCCUGCUCCUCUGAACACCUGGGACCAAUCUCUGACCCCGCCCCCUCCCACACAGUCACUGGACAGACUGAGACCAGCGGGGGGAGGGGAACUAGACUGAUCUCCCAUGAUGCUCCAGCCCAACUCAAACACCCCCCCCCCCCUUUUUUUUAAAUCGUACCUGUCCGUGACGACGGGCACCGUGAUGACCCCCCCUUCCGCACUUUGUAGACUGGAGCAAAGCAUUCUGGGUAAGUGCCUUCAUCAUGAAUCAGAGACAAUCUGAGAGCCCGUUUCCUGUCUGGACGGCCCCCCUGCCCAACCCCUCUCUGACAUCACUGCUGGGACCAGACUGCUGCCAGCUGAUUGGUCUGUGAGUGUGUGAUGUCACUCUGUGUUCUUAACGUGCCAAUCCAUGUGACCAAACCAUGUGACCAGUCGGUGGGUUUCAGUCUUUUUCAACUGUAAUAAAUAAUUCUGUUUCUCUGAUUAUUGAUCUAAAUCUUUAUUGAUGACAUCACAGAGUACAAACAGAUGACCUCAUUAAUUAAUGACACAAUAAAAAGACUGAAUCUCAUUUGUUUUUAACAGUUCAGAGGAGGAUUAUGGGUCAUUCAUGUUUUUAUAUUAUUUUGAUGAUCAAUAAACGUCUUCUGUAUGUGUGU